AUUAGAGAGAAGAGAGGCUUUGUACAGUUUCAAUUAAUUUGUUUACAUUUUACAAAUCAACAUUCUUAAAGAAACGAAAUAAAUAAAAAAAUAUAAUAUAAGGCGAUUUGAAUUAAACAAAAACUAAAUAAAUAUAAAAUUUAAACUAAAUUAAAUAAAAAGCAAUAUGGUGGUGUUAAAUUCUUGCUGGUCUCCUAUUAUAUGGUCGAACAAUGUUAAGACAGGCAGCUAUGCGGUGGCAGCUUAUACGGCUGCUCUUUCGGUGGUUAUGAUUACAAUGGUGAUUUAUAUGUUGUCUGGUGGUGAAUCUUCUCAGUUAUAUUCUCCAUUAUUUGAAACUGACAUACGCAGCUCCAUGCCCAUAGUGGGUGGCUUCUUCAUAUUUUAUUUUGUUUUAAUUAUUGUAGCCUCCUUUUUAGUGGUAUAUGGCAUUAAAAUAAGUGUCAGAGGCUGGCUUUUACCUUGGUUAAUCGUAGUGGGUGUUGCUAUAUGUUUCCAACUGAUUUUUGGUUUAUGGCUUAUAGGUGGCUACUACAUUUAUCUGGAUCAAACCUUUUCCGCUUUAAUAAACUUCUGCUGGAUGGCCUAUAAUUUCUAUUGUUGGCUGUGUGUUUUCUCGCAGUAUCAAAUCUUUUUACAUAUUCAAAAUCCCAAUAUUGAGCUGUUAAUGCCUUAAUCAUUUGAAUUGCAAAAAUUCCAGUUUUGUUCAAAUUAUUUUAGUUAAUCCAUAAUUAUUUUGCAUAUAGGCAUUUCAAUGACACAUUUUCAGUGUAAAUUGCAAUUGUAACUUAGUAUUUUUUAUUAACAUUUAAAACAAUUAAGACUAUAUAUUUUUUUUAAAACAUUCCGUCCAUUUAAUGUGAAAAUAUAAUAAAAUAAGUUGCGUGGCCUUUAACAUGUCAUAGUGUUCCAAAAUCUUAUUAAUAUGUAUGCAAUUGUAGUUUUUAUAAAAAUUACUUAUAGUAAAGUAUAUUAUAUUAAAAUAUAAAAUUUACAAUUAAAAAAA